AUGGCGCGCUGGAUCGCCAAUGCAGGCCCGGCUGGUGUGCCGCUGACCUUGGCGACGAUCCGCGAGCAUGUCGCCAACAUGGCUCGCGGCAUGUCGCUGCCUCCUACCUUCCGCUGCUCUAUUGGAUGGGUCCGUCGUGCCUUGCGCCGCCAGGGUGUAAGGUGCAUUGCGGCUUGUGGCGAGGCGGCCGACCAGGACCUCGCCGCCGUCCGUACGACUCAGGAGAAGCUGCCGCAGCUCCUCAUGCAUCUCUCUGUCAGGCCGCGCGACACCUACAAUUUCGACGAAACCGCCGUCUACAUUUCGGUGCUGCCUCGCAAGACGUACGGCGCCAGCCGUGUGGCGGGGAGGAAGGAGGUCAAAGACCGCCUCACCGUCGGCUUCCUCGUCAACGCCGACGGCACUCACUCCUUCCGCCCGUUGGUGAUCUCCAAGGCUAGGCGUCCCCACGACUUCCGCCCCGACUUCGACCCGGAGGAAUUUUGCUACUGGCGCAACACCGCCAAGGGGUGGAUGACCUCACCGCUUUUCACGCUCUUCAUUGAGCAGCUGAACGCCACCAUGUAUGCCGAGGAUCGGCACAUCGUCAUUCUGCUCGACAACGCGAGCAGCCACGUCCUCACCUCCCGCGGUGCGACAUCCGAGGAUCUCUUUGGCUUCCGCACGCGCUCGCUCUCGAACGUCCGCCUGGUGUAUCUCCCUCCCAACACCACCUGCUUCACCCAGCCCCUCGAUCAGGGGCUCAUCGCGAUGGCGAAGGCGCGCUACCGGCAGCAUUGGCUCCGUGCCUUCACCGCUCGCUGGAAUGCCGAUGGCGCAACUACCCGCCUGGCGCGCUUCAAGCCCAAUCUCCGCGACGUCGUGGCCUGGCUCAACGACGCGUGGAUGAAUAUCGAGCACCGCACUAUUCAGAGGUGCUGGUGGCGCACCGGCAUCCUCCCGCGUGCGUGGGCAAUGGAGCUUGCUCACGUGGGCGACGACACCGCUAGAGCGGGCACGGCCGCGGACAUCGGGCUUGACGAGGAGAUCGGGGACGUAAGCAUUCUCAUCGAUCGCCUCGGACUCGGCACGAGCGCCAUGCCGGCCGCGGAACUGGUUGCCAUCGACGACAACCAGCCGACAUGCGCGGAGCCGGGAGAGGAUCCGCUCGCGACCGAGCCACCGCGCGGCACCUCCGCUGAGACGUGGGAGGCCCCUGCCACCAUGCAAGCUGUCUAUGACGACAGCAACCCCGAGUCCCGCGAGGCACGGCGCUACGCUCGAGCGGCCUCCGAGAUGCUUAUUGGCUACGCGAAGGCGACAUGCAUCACCCCGCGCGACUUGUGCGCGCUCUUUGACAUCCGCAACCCCAUCAUCAGGGCGCGGAUGGAGCGCGCCAGCCCGCCGAUUAACCUCAACAUGAGCCCCCCGCCAUCCGCGGCUGAGUGCGCGACGCCCCCGGCCGAGACACCUCGUCGCCGUGGCCUCGUCGCCGUGGCCGCGUGGCAAGAGUCACCCACGAUGGGGUGGGCUCCGUCAUGUGCACAUUUCACCGUUCUGAAAUUGUUGACGGGGAAAUAG